AUGGAGUUGUGGGACGGAGGAGAGAGGCAGUGGUCAGAGAUGUAUGUGAGCAUUGUGAGCAUUGGCAUGCCUCACUGCUGCUUAUCUGAUCAGAAAAUAAAGAACAUAACAAUAGAGAUAUACCCCAGCCAACCCACCCAGGCAUUUUCCAGCCAGCCCUCAGGAAUUGAGAUUAUUACCUUCCCACGGUCAGGGCUUCCCUUCCAUUCAUUCUUGGAGUGGAAGAAGGCGCACUUUCCUUCCAUCUCAUUUCCUACUCACCCUCUUUCCGUGUCUACCUACUGCGCCUUCCCUCUCAACCAUCUUCUUAUCUGGAGUCAGGGCUCCUCAACUCCCAGCAAUUCCGGGUGGGCUAGAGGUUCAAUACUGGCUCGGGUUGCUUUUGUUUUUUUCGACUUUUGGCUAUCUUGUGAAGAGUGGUUUGGCCCUCUCACAUGGGACGCCUUAGACCUGGAAGUCAUCCACUCAAGGUUGUUUAUGGACUCGAUAGAUCCAGCUUUCCUUCGAGAUUUCCAGACUCUAUCUAAGCUGUUGAACACAAGUGGCUCCCUUGAAAACCCCCCGUCUUCUGUGACACAAGAUCCCGAAAGCCGAAGGCGCGCCAUCGAUGAGGGAAUAUUUGUGAUUCCAUGGGAUUCUCCCAUAUGGCAAAAGCGUAGAGACACGUUCGUUUCGCUCUGGUCUCUUCGUGCCCUGGAAUAA